AGUGAAGCGAUUGUGCCGUGGCUACUAAUUUUGCUAUUCUUAGGAGAAGGCCUAACUCUGACCACGACGGAGGCAACCACUCAGGAAGUUUUCCUUGAUACUACGACUGCGAUUACUACGACCUUGGUGCCAACUAAGACUACCCACACCACGGCUACUACGACCGCAGCGCCAAUUGAGACUACUACUACGACUACCACCACGACUACCACCACUACGACGACAACGACAACCACGACUACUACUACCACCACCUUGAAACCACCUUUGCCUCAUAAGUUUCUUGCCUGCGUCAGUUCAGUCGUUCAGGCAAUAUUUCACCCACUCGAUGAUGUCUGUUACUUCAUGUUCUUCACCGUCCAAGACAUCAAUCAACUAAAAAACAAGAAUCUCGGUCUUGCGAGAAGCAAAGUUGGUAUCGACAUACCGAGCUCAAAAGCCAACGCUAAUCAGGGCAAACUUGAAAAUUCCAUCGCAGCGUACUGGCCAAAGAUCAGAGACUUCGCUGUCCUGGACAUGGAAGUCCGUCCAAGUGUUUCAACUCAUGUCAGUCAUGUCCAAGCAUUUCUAACAGAAACGGACAGACUUCUAAAUAUCCAUAUGAGAGCAGAACCAACGCCAAGGAGGAACUUUGGCUACGUGCUUCUAGGUGUGGCCAUACUCCGUGGAAGCCAACAACCAAGCACCCUCAUGGCUAACUUCAAUCAACUUGUACAAGUAAUUAAGCCAGACGCAUUGGUGUACCGAACGACUCUCAAUCGUAAUAUAACGGACCCAAACGUAUGCAGGGCUACAGGACCGUCACCCUGGCAGGGACCUGGCAUGCCGUCUAUGCAGUCAUCAUUCGUUGAGUCGUUGUCAUUCAGGCAUGUGACUGGGUUCCAACGGCUGCCUUUGAAAACAGCGGAAUUGCUCUCUUUUAGCGCUGCGGCCCUUAUAACUGCCUACACGGAUCCUUAUACACCACUCACUGAUCCAUGCCGGAGUGUCACCCAGGCGAAUCCAAAAGAAUUGGUGUGCCAAAAUGGACGAUAUCAUGAUAUAGUGACCAACCGUAAUAUGUACCUUGAAACCGACACCAUCCGAUUCGACGAAUGGGGCGGUACGUUUGACACCACUAUCAUAGUAGCGUACGACUCGGAUUGCACUAUGUCGACAAAGAUGUGUCUGUCUUUCAAUACCUAUGGCUUCACGGGCGGCUACGUCAUCUUUGACGUCCACUUCCACUACGUGUGUUCAGCACCUCCAGCAUUCGUAGAUUCCAAGGGUGACUUUGGCGUUGUGAAGUGGGCAAAAGUUAAUAUGCACAAGAACUACGCCGGGUUAGAUUGCGAGAAGCUCUGCUGAUAAGCUCAUGGGCAAAGAAUGUGAUUAUCAUUUGGAUGCGGAGUAUUGUUUACAUGGCCGUGAAGCAAUCUGAUGUGAUAUGAUGCAAUAUAUGAUGUUCCAUCCAUGA